AUGCAACGAAGGCAGGGAAGAGUCAAUGCUGGACUGCUUUUGCUGCUUUAUCAAAUUUCUCAAGUUGGACUCCAGAACAUUCCUUCUGUUACCCUUGGGGUACUUGCACUGAAUAUUUUUCUCUUUCUGAAUCCUGUGAGGCCACUGCAUGAAGUGUGUAUCAGUGUAAAUGAAGGCUUAUACAGAAAGAACUGGCAGCGUUUACUGCUUUCUCCUUUCCACCAUGCAGAUGACUGGCAUUUAUAUUAUAACAUGAUUUCCAUGCUUUGGAAGGGGAUAAUGCUGGAAAAAAAGAUUAAGAGCAUAUGGUUUGCAUACAUAAUUGCGGUAUUCUCAGUGCUGAUUGGAGUAGUUUAUAUGGUGCUGGAAUUCAUGCUUGUGAAAAUUCUGGAUGAUCCUUCGUAUGAAAUAAAUUGUGCUGUAGGUUUUUCAGGAGUCUUGUUUGCUUUGAAAGUUCUUAACAACCAUUACAAUCCAGGAAGAGUCAGCAGUGUCCUUGGAUUGCAGAUACCCAGUAAAUAUGCUUGUUGGGUGGAGCUGGUGGCUAUUCAUUUAAUCUCCCCAGGGUAA